CACAGAUUUCGUUGCCAAUGAUAGCUGUUUGAUUAAAACUUAUGCCGACGACGUAUUUUUCCGUGAAUUUCUCGACCUUUGUUAUUUCAACUGUCGCUUGCUCCGGGUCAAGAUAAAUAGUGACGACGAGAUGACACAGCCGCAGCACCAUCCGAGUGCCGCAAAGCUGGUUUUCUGUGCUUUGGGGAUCUUCGUUUGCUACUCGUACUAUGCCAUACUCCAGGAGAAGAUUACCCGGGGCAAGUACGUCGAUGGCGACAGCAUUGAAAAGUUUACUUACAUGUUUGGACUGGUUUUCGUGCAAUGCGUCGUCAACUGCCUUUUUGCCAAGGGACUGCUCGUCACUGUGAUGAAACAAGGUGAGGAUACCACCAGGGUUGUCUACUAUGCCUGCUCUGCGCUUAUGUACCUCUUGGCGAUGGUGUGCAGUAAUAUGGCUCUGCAGUUCAUUAAUUAUCCCACCCAGGUCGUUGGCAAGGCUGGCAAGCCUAUUCCAGUCAUGAUCUUUGGAGUGCUUCUAGGUGGAAAGACGUAUCCAUUCAAAAAGUACUGUUUCAUCACUUUGAUUGUCACCGGUGUGGUUUUGUUUAUGUACAAAGAAAAUGCUGCUACCAAUAAAAUUGAAGGAGAAGGUUUUGGACAGGUUCUGCUGCUACUCUCUUUGACAAUGGACAGCCUCAUAAGCGCAGUCCAGAAUAAGAUGCAAACAGAGCACAAAACCAAAUCUGGACACAUGAUGUUCAACAUGAAUCUCUGGUCGAUAUUGUACAGCGGUGCAGUGAUUCUUGUCACUGGCGAGUUCCUCAGCUUUCUCAAGUUCCUACAACGACAUCCAUCCGCUAUCCAGCACAUCUUUACCCUAUCGAUAUGUGGAGCACUUGGUCAGUACUUCAUCUUUCUGACCAUCUCAGAAUUCAGUCCACUCACCUGUUCUAUUAUGACAACCACUAGAAAGUGCUUCACUGUUGUGGCUUCUAUCAUGUACUUUGGCAACUCUUUACUGCCCAGGCAGUGGUUUGCUGCGUUCAUGGUAUUCUUUGGUCUGUUUUUAGAUGCGUUUUAUGGGAGAACUAAAAUAGUCAAAAAAGAAGCAGCCAAGUAAAACUAAUGCUGUGUUAGUAGGGAAUUUUUGUAAUUCACAUCGUGGAAUGUUAAUACCUACUAGUGCUGUUCAACUGUCAACUGCCCUCCUGUACAUUUUGACUUUCGAUCUUUUGGUCAAGAUAAAUGUGCGCUCCACUGUGUGACAGUUGAUACACUGCAGAGUAGUUAAAAAUGUUUUAAAUGAGUAAGCACAGAAAUUUGUUUUUUUGGAAAAUAGUUUGUAAGCAUUUUUGUAAAAAAUUUGUAUUCAGCUUUUUUGAGCUGGAAAAACUAUAGCUGUUUUAUUUACACAAUUUAUUUCUGAAUUUUUUCAAAUAAUUAAGUAUACAUUUUAAUACGAUAGUUUAGAAUUCUUAACAUUUAUAUCACAAGGAAAACAAUCAGUCAUUACAUUUUAUUUUUAUAUUACGCUAUUCAUACAGUUUAAUGUAUACUUAUGAAUGAUUUUUUUUUUUUUUUUGCUAACAUGUAAAAAAGUGUUUGUACAUACGUUUAAAAAUGUCUUGCAAACAUACAGUGUAUAUAAUACGCUUUAUAAAAUAUUAAUUUUUGUUAAUACAUGCCGAAAUCAUUUUGAAUUUGAUUAAUAUAAACGCAGUAUUUUUUGUUCAUAAGUAUCUAAGUUACAUAAUAAUAUACAUCACGCACAUCAAUUAUAAGUACAGUGUAAAUAAAUUUGCUAUUGCAAAAUCACAUCAUUGAUUUUUACUUGAUUUGAGGUUUUUAAGAUUUUUAUACAGAGUGUAAAUAUAUCGAAAUACAUAACUUUGUUAAACCUCAAAAUAGAAACACAAUCAUCACAUUGAUGUUAAAAACUUGAUGAGGCUGGAGAAAAUACCAACUGUAAAAAUAUAUAUAGAAAAUUUCAUCGAUUUUUCAACCAAAUAUCAUUGUACAACCGAAUAAAAACAAGUUUUUUAAAAUAAAUAUCUACAAAAAAUAACUUUAAAAA